GAUCCGCGAGCCAUAAACCCAGAUAAGCUAAGCUACGAAGGCUGGGAUUCACGUCAAGUCUUAACAGACUCUGCUUUAUGCGGUGAAGUACCAGUUGGUACCAAAGGCUGCUAUUCUUCUGUAUUUCAUCUGCAUUGAUUUGAAGCCUGAGCUGGACUAUGGAGCUAAAAUAUAGUUGUGUUUCUUUUGGUACUGUCCUCAGUGUACUUCUAGUCUUCUUACUAUUAAACAAUGGUGAAGCUCAACAAAUUUGUGAAGUUCCCCAACAUAUAAUUACCAUAAAAGAGAAUAAUGCCAUUGAUGUUGUAAUUACGACAAUCACCAUUGUCGAUGGCGUUACGCUUACAUUAACGUACAAUCCAGAAAAUGCUUUCGCAAUUGAUGGGCCGAAUCUCGUAGUUAUAAAGUCGUUGGAUUUUGAGACCCUUCCUGAUGCAGGACUCCUUCAAGUUCGUAUCGACUGUAAUAAACCUGGCAGUCAAACAGUUAACCUGGUGGUGAUUGUUUCCAUUGAGAACAUAAAUGAUAAUCCCCCUAAAUUUGAGCAAAAUCUCUACACAUUUGACGUAAACGAGCUGACACCAGUGAAUACAAUUGUUGCAAGAGUUGAGGCUACAGAUAUUGAUGGAGAUCAGUUGUUUUACCGCCUGGAACCAGUCAACCCAAAGGACUCUUAUUUUUAUUUACCAUAUGAGGUUAACCCCAACAUCGCAGUAAAAAGCAGUUUAGAUUACGACUCCAUCAAACAACACACUGUGAUAUUACAUGUGCAGGAUGUCUCCCUUUCCACAGUGACCAAUCAUACUGCCACAACAACAAUUACCUUCAACAUCCUUGAUAUUGACAACCGUCCACCAUGGUUCCUGCCCUGCAUAGAAUCAACACAAGGCUUCACAAAAAUAUGCUUGAACUCAGGCUACAGAGGCAUUGUCAACCUAACGGAGCAGGCGCCUGACGCUCUCAUAUUGGAGCCGGGUCCUGUGUAUGCUGUUGAUGGUGACAAAGCAAGGAACGAAGAGGUUGCCUACCGAAUUAUUGCAGGAAAUGAAGAUGGUAUAUUUCAGAUCAGCCCAAACAGUGGAAACGUCAGCAUGCUGAAGCCGGCAAAUGUUCCAGGACCAAUUAUAUUGACUGUUUUGGCCUUCCAAGUUCUAAACAGUGAUCAAUUUUCCACAACUACCAUCACCUUCACUGUGGUGAAAAGAAGCCAACACCCCCCAAAGUUUGAGAAGAACCUGUACGAGGGACGUGUUUCCAGUGAAUCUGGCCUGGAUGGCAUAAUAUUUGAGAUUAACUUCAACAGACCUCUGAAAGUGCAAGCACUGGACACCGAUUUUGCCGGCGGUAUAAAUCCCGACCUGAAAUAUGAAGUUCCGGGCAACAGUGAUUUUGCAGUGACAGCAGAAGGUUUUGUACUUCUAAAGGGAGAAGUAAUGCCAGGCUUGGUAAACCUAGAAAUCCGUGCUGUGGAUCUCUCCAAUGGGGAAGCAGGAACAGCGAGUCUCACCAUCCAUGUGUUGCCAGGAGGAUUCUCCGUACCCUUCGGAGGAUACCGGAUGGAGGACAUGGCCGCCCUGGGCGCCAGCCUGGCAGUAGUGGUGGUGCUCUGCUUCGUGAUCAUUGGCCUACUGAUCUACCGUAUCAAGAAGGGGAAAGCAGACUGGCAGAAGAUGACUGAAGCCAGCAUUUUCCGGAGUUCUUUUACCCCGGGUUCAUCUGGAUCAAAGGAUGGCAUGCAGUACACUAACGAUGGCUUCCAGAAUGAUGGGGACACUGGCAGCGUGGUGGCCAAAGUUCAAGAUGAUACAAAUAUGAAGCUGGACACUAUAUCAGCUGCAAAGUUUAGGGAAACAUCCGUGGACAAGCCGAUCCCAGUGACUUCCUCAGCCCUGGACACCUUCCUGCAUGACUCCGGUAGCCUAACUGGGUCUGAGAAAACCGACAGUGAGAAGGGGGUGAAGCCUAUCCUCACAAAGGAGAGGAAAAUCGAAGAAGGCUAUAAGUCAGUGUGGUUCAAAGAAGACAUUGAUCCCAACGCCAAGAAGGAGGUGGUUAUAAUACCGGACAAUGAGGAGCAGGAUGUUGAUGACGAGGAAGAGUCCUUUGACGUAUUCGGCAGCUCACCCAUCGCCACGCCAAAUGUGUUCUUCACGGACACUCAGAAAGGUGACAAAACCGCAGAUGACAACAGAGUGUUAACUUUCGAGAAGGAAGAUGGAAGGAACAGUGUGAAUAGUUAAAACUUUGGAAAGAUCUCGAGUUUAUGUAAAAUCCAUCGGUAGGUUAACAAGCUACACAUCGUAUAAUAAAUUAAUCUGCUUCUGGACAUUGAGCUUUAUCCACCCACCUAAGGAAUUUCAGAGCCCGUUUUCCUUAUUGUUGUUGAUGUAAGAUAACUAGCCGUGUUGUAUUUAGUUUCUAGAAAUGCACUAACUUCUCUUUAAAUAACGCUUAAAGAAAGAUUAUUUAAAUAGUCAAGCUAUUUCAGGAAAUAUUCAAAAUCUCUACAGCUUUUUUGUAUAAAUCUAACCACUUUAAUUACUAAAUAAUUGUGUUGACUAUUUUGCAGUUCUCCAAAAUGUUUUGUAGGAAAGAUUAUUGUGUACCUUACCGCCAUUUUAUAUCUUUAUACAUUAUGUAUGUAAAAUGUAACAAUGGCAAUUAAAAAAA